AUGUCCCUAAGGCUUGGAGCUCAAUGUCUAGUUGUUGGAUCAUCAUCAUCUGCUGCUAUAGAAAUCCUCAAAACCCAUGAUAGAAUUAUGUCAGGGAGACAUGUUCCAAAUGCUAUUCCAGCAAAAAGAUCAGAUCUUGACAAGAUACCAAUGGGCUGGACUUCUGAAUGUCACAAUGAAUGGAGAUACUUGAGGACUUUAUGCAGAACUGAGCUUUUUUCAGGCAAAGUAUUGGAGUCUCAAGCUUAUAUGAGGGAGAAAAAAGUGAUGGAAUUGGUAGAAUUCUUGAGGUCAAAAGAAGGUCAAGUAGUGAAUAUUGGAGAGCUAGUCUUUGUAACUAUUUUGAACAUGUUGAGUAUUGUUCUGAUAUCUAAAGAUAUGGUUAAUUUUGAGAAAGAAACACAAGAUGGUGGGAUUAGAUAUCUAAUAAGAGGAUUAAUGGAAGCAGUCUCAACACCAAAUGUAGCUGAUUUUUAUCCAGUUUUAGGUAAAUUAGAUCUUCAAGGUCUGCGAAAAAGAGCUAGAUAUGUAAUGAAAAGAUUCGUUCCAACUGGGAGUCGAUUCUUGAAGAAAGAAGGAAAAAUAAAGAGAGUGGUUCUUCUAGCCAACAAGAUUUCUUGGAAGCUGUCCUUGAUAAUGGUCUUACCAAUGAUUGUAUCCACCAGCAAUUCGUGGUUUGUUCCCUCUCCUUCUCUCAAAUUUGCUUUGUGA